AAAGAUAAGGUAGCAAUGAACCUCACAGCUAUAAAAUCUCUCUUUAUUCCUGCCACAAAACUUCUUGCCUUCAUUCUCUCCCAACUUUUCGUCCACCUCGGUCACAGUUAUCAUUUCCUCCUCAAUCUCAACCUCAACUUCCCCCCACUUAAUCCCCCCUCAUCACUCCUCGAAAUGCAAGAAUACGAAGUAACCUACACCUCAUCCGGAACCUCCUCCUUCCCCCCGUCGUCGUCAGGAUCCAGUCCAAUCUGGUUACCACAACCCCCGCCCGCCUCGCCCCCAUUGGCGUCCAUGUUCAACGCUCCAGAUUACAACUGCUUAUCGCCCGCACCCUCGACCCGUCCGGCCUCGAGGAUGCGAGACUCGAGGGAAUGGACUUCCUCCAAGAACAGGAGGAAGUCCAGCAGCAGUACUAUCAACAUCAUCAAGUUGGAGGAGGAGGAGGAGGGGGACGACGACGUGAUGCAAGGAGAGGGUCAUUACCUGCCCCCCUUUAAUCUGCACGAUGACACGGGUUCCGUCACUCUUGUGUCGGCCGGGGAUAAAUCGCCCCCACCUUCGCCAACGAAGAUGUUUGCAGAGGCCUUUCGUCACAUCCGGAAAUUAAACCAUCUCAUGGAGAAUGACGCCACGCUCCGAGUCGUGGUCAUGGAUUUGCAAGCCGUCAACCUCGACCUUCUCAAGGCGCAGGAAGCCCUCGAAUUCAGAAGGAAUAAGCGAAAACCCGUUAAUAGGAGAGUGUUUUAACCCCAAUUAAUUAAUUACGUUCAGGAAUAUUUCAUCAAUUACUAUUUAAUUAUAAUAUUAUGAUUUUUACUUUGAUUGCGAGAUUUUACACAUUUUUUUUGGGUUUAAGACGGCAAUUUCGUCCCCAUUUUUACGCUAUUUUUUAAGCAGUAAAUAUUUGACAAAUAUUAUUUUACUUUGUACAACAUUUUGUUUUGUUGUUUUUAUUUAAAUCUUUUCAUUCACAGAGUUUAAAAUUACAAAUAUGUAAUUUACAUAUCGUUGUAAGCAGCAAUCACAAUAUUUGACAUUAUUUAAUUCUAUUUAAUCACCUGGUUUUUGUUGCAUUAAUCAGAACAACAACACUUAAAACAGUUACGUAAUUAUUAAAACAUAGUAUAAAAACACAUGAAUUUUGAAAUAUCUAGUAAAAAAAAAGUCCACCUAUGAACUGAAUGUGACGACAACAUUAUUUGUAAGGCAAGUUUUUGGAUUAAUUAAAGCAAUUAAUUAAGUCGGACGAACA